CUCCGUCCCCCAUCACGGUCAUAAGGAAAGACAGGACAUCAAGGAACAGCGUGUCUCUGUCUUGGCAAGAACCCGAACAUCCGAAUGGGAUCAUCUUGGACUACGAGGUCAAAUACUAUGAAAAGCAGGAACAGGAGACAAGCUAUACUAUUCUGAGAGCCAAAGGCACCAAUGUUACCAUCAGUGGCCUCAAACCUGAUACAACCUAUGUCUUCCAAAUUCGAGCCCGAACUGCAGCUGGAUAUGGGACAAACAGCCGCAAGUUUGAAUUUGAAACCAGUCCGGACUCAUUCUCCAUUUCCAGUGAGAACAGCCAGGUCGUAAUGAUUGCCAUUUCAGCGGCAGUAGCCAUUAUUCUCCUCACAGUUGUGGUGUAUGUCCUGAUUGGGAGAUUCUGUGGAUACAAGAAGUCUAAACAUGGCAGUGAUGAUAAAAGACUACAUUUUGGGAAUGGCCACUUAAAACUCCCAGGGCUGAGAACUUACGUAGAUCCACAUACAUAUGAGGAUCCCAAUCAAGCUGUGCAUGAAUUUGCCAAGGAACUGGAUGCUUCUAAUAUAUCCAUUGAUAAAGUAGUUGGAGCAGGGGAAUUUGGAGAAGUGUGCAGUGGCCGCCUAAAGCUGCCUUCUAAAAAGGAAAUUUCAGUGGCUAUCAAAACCCUGAAAGUUGGCUACACAGAAAAACAGAGAAGGGACUUCCUGGGAGAAGCAAGCAUCAUGGGACAGUUUGACCACCCUAAUAUCAUUCGAUUAGAGGGAGUCGUCACUAAAAGUAAACCAGUUAUGAUUGUUACUGAAUAUAUGGAAAAUGGUUCCUUGGACAGCUUCCUGCGGAAACAUGAUGCCCAGUUCACAGUGAUACAGCUAGUAGGCAUGCUUCGAGGGAUUGCAUCUGGCAUGAAAUAUUUGUCAGAUAUGGGUUAUGUCCAUCGAGAUCUAGCUGCUCGGAAUAUCCUCAUCAAUAGUAACUUGGUAUGCAAAGUCUCUGAUUUUGGUCUCUCUCGUGUACUGGAGGAUGACCCAGAAGCUGCUUACACCACAAGG